AUGGCUCAAACAAGCGCUUCCCAGGGAUACAUUGAUGAUUCUUCUUCUUUCGAUUCGUUCCACUUGGAUUCACGUUUAUCACAAGCCAUCCGCAGUAUCGGCUUCAAACACCCUACUUUGAUCCAAUCCAGUGCGAUACCAUUAGCUCUUCAAGAGAAAAGGGAUAUCAUAGCGAAAGCUAGUACCGGCUCUGGUAAAACUUUAGCAUAUUUGAUACCAGUGAUUCAAACAAUUUUAGAUCAUAAGAAGGCAGAUCAGAAUGAUGAAGGUGCCACUCUAGGGGUAAUAUUGGUCCCAACUAGAGAAUUGGCUCAGCAAGUUUUAGAAGUUGUUGAAAAGCUCAUUGUUUUCUGUUCUCAAGAAAUUAAAUGCUUAAAUCUUUCAUCGGGUAAUGUAUCGGGAAACUUAUUGAAAUCUUUACUUACCGAAAAUCCAGAAAUAUUGAUAGCUACGCCGGCCAAGUUAGUAGAUUUACUAGAUGCGCAAGAUGUUAAUAUUGACAGGUUGAAGUUCUUGGUUAUCGAUGAAGUUGAUUUGGUGUUAACUUUCGGAUACCAAGAGGACCUUACGAAGAUUUCAGAACGCUUACCAUUGAGAAAGAGUUUACAAACUUUCUUGAUGAGUGCCACUCUAAAUGACGAUAUCCAACACUUGAAGCAGCAAUUCUGCCGUUCACCAGCGAUUUUGAAACUUAAUGACGACGAAGUCAACAAAGAUCAAACAAAGCUUAUUCAAUAUUAUGUGAAGGUUGGAGAAUUUGAUAAGUUCCUAUUGUGUUAUGUGAUUUUCAAACUGGGACUAAUUAAGGGUAAGACAUUAAUCUUCGUUAACAAUAUCGAUAGAGGAUACAGACUAAAGCUAGUUUUAGAACAGUUUGGUAUUAAAUCUUGCAUUUUGAACAGUGAACUGCCAGCAAAUUCAAGACAGCAUAUCGUAGAAGAAUUCAACAAGAACGUUUAUCAACUGUUAAUAGCUACAGACGAUACUGAAUAUAUCAAAGAAGAAGACGAAGACUUAGAAUCAGAAAAAACUGAGGAUGGUUUAGUUGAGGUUGUCGAUGAUUCCACUGUUACUACGAAAGACAAUGCAAAGAAACAAAAGAAGCCAAAGCUAAACGUGGAGAAAGACAAAGAAUAUGGUGUAUCUCGCGGUGUGGACUUCAAAAAUGUUGCCUGUGUAUUAAACUUUGAUCUACCAACCACUGCAAAAUCGUAUGUACAUAGAAUUGGUAGAACAGCUCGUGCAGGGAAGUCAGGAAUUUCUAUUUCUUUUGUUGUUCCUUUGAAGGAAUUCGGGAAGCAUAAACCAUCUAUGAUCAAGAGUGCUAAGAAGGAUGAAAAGAUACUAGGCAGAAUUAUAAAACAACAGGCUAAAUUAGGCUUUGAACUACAGCCUUACAACUUUGAUAUCAAACAGGUCGAAGGUUUCCGUUAUAGAAUGGAAGACGGUUUCCGUGCAGUAACUCAGGUUGCUAUUAGAGAGGCAAGGAUAAAGGAGUUAAAACAGGAACUUUUGGCAAGUGAGAAACUAAAGAGACAUUUUGAAGAGAAUCCUCAUGACUUAGAGAGUUUGAGACAUGACAAGGAGUUACAUCCUGCUCGUGUACAACAGCAUUUAAAAAGAGUUCCGGACUAUCUUUUACCAGAAACUGCUAGGAAAGAUAAUAAGAAGAUCGGUUUCGUUCCAUUCCACAAAAAUUCGCAUAGAAAGAACGGAAGAGUGGUUAAGAAGAAGGGGAAUGUCCAAAGAAAGGGUAAAUCUGAUCCUUUGAAAAGCUUCAAAUAG